AUGUCUUCUCAGCAUGCAUACACGAGAUCUCGCGAGCCAUCUCGUCGAGUUCAUGCCCUCCCAAAUGAUGACAUCUGGACCGAGGCGCGAUGCAACCGGCUGCUGAGGAGCAUAACCUCUAGGCUCGAGGCUCUACGCAACAUUAUACAACCCGACGUCAAGAAGUGGUGCCAACAGCGCCGCCCGUGUCAUGUCUCUCGCCCAAAAGCCGAACAUUGGUCGACGAUCGAUCCUGCAUGGCUGCCAGACGCCAAAGCAAAAGCUCACCAGCAAACGUCGUAUGCGGGGAAGACGAAAGCCAUCAAGCGAUUCAAAGCCGGUGUUGAGGACGAGAGAAGAAUCUCCAAGACCUUGUUGACUGUGCCGAGUCCUUUCGUGCAAAGACUGAUGCAGGCUAACGUCGACGACGCAAGCCGCAGCCGCACAACCAUCACGAAUCGCGACCAGACGCCUUUCAAUGCCGGCUCGGAAAAAGCUGUGUGCCCGAAGCGACGUCGUUCGAGGCAGCUACCGCUCAAGCCAUGUUCAGCGCGAGCAGGCGCCGAGGUGGCACUGAUGGCAGCUUGGGAGCAUGUACUUCAGAGCACCAAAAGCGAGUCGCGCAACCGAAGCUUGGGCGCUCGCUCUCUGCUGUCCACUUGCCUUCGCCAAGUACCCAAUUACAUCGCAAUCGACGAGCAAUACAAGGACGAUGAGGGCGACGACCAAAAAUCCUCUGAUGUGCUUGGUGUGCUCGAGGAAACGAUGAGCAGUUCGCAUGGAGCCGGAUGGUUAGGCCUGCGAGUAGUCGUCCGUGCCCAAUGCGUCUCACAGAUAUGCCAAGCUGUGUCCGAUGGCCUGCUCUCGGACGGCAUUAUUGAUCAACUGGUCGAUAUUUGCUGCAAGUGCGAUGCUAUGCCUGAGGCCGAAGAGAUCUCUCGGGCAUGUCUCUCGAGACUGCCGCAUUGGAACGCAGCUCGGGUUUGGAAAUUUUGUGAUGGCCCUCUUGCAGCUACUAUGACCGAACGACUUCUGAGUCAAUAUUCGCAAAAGAGUCCCACAAUUCUUGCAGAAAUGAUUCGCAUGCCAGAGAUCCUGAGAAUGGUUCUGGCAUCCACGUGGACGAUUGAAGAUUUGAGUCCUGGCACAGCGAGCUUGCUCCCACAUUGGACUACCCUAGAUCUUCAAGCGAUCGACCAGCAAGAGAUCACAGCAGCGCAAUCGAAAGCCUUGUCAAAAGGAACAUUGGACAUGUAUUCGAAGCUAUGCGCAAUGACCUUGGCGGGCUCCAUGGUCUCAGAAGGUCCCGAUUCACGGGUAUUGCAUAGGUUGGCACAUGAGGCUGCGCUCGGUGAAGGCGGCAAAUCAUAUUGUCACCUGCUCCACCACCCUGUGGCGCACGCCUGUCUUAUUCAAGAAGCUUUGUCCUUCACUACGCCCUCGGGCCUGACCCCAUUCAUGGACAGCAUCCGGACGGUCAACGAUCACAGAUGGGACCGGAAAUGGAGAGAUGCUUCAAAUACCUUCACAGCGGCGCUUGCGGAAGAUCUGGCCGCACUCAGUGAUCAAACUCGACAGCCUCUAGUAGGCCUGCUCAUUGACCGGAUUUAUGAAAGUUUGGAAAGUGAAGCAAUGCCAGCUUUGUUGUUCCAGUCGUUGCAAGACCUAGCAUCACGAGCCGUACACGCCCUUUCGCCACGACUGGAGCAGUUUGAAGCACGCCCCACCUGA